UUCAUGAAAUACAACCGUGAAAAUAAUCGGCUUAAAGUGAGAUUAUGAUUCAUUAUUUUUUUGGUUCUAAUUUGCGCCACCAUUGAAUAGGAGACGUUUCCCAUUUGCUUAUCAACCUUACAAUGAACCUCCACCAAGCUAACUUUGACGGCGCUAUCACUAAUGCAUGCAGGGAUAAAAGCUACGUAACAUUUAUCAGUCACUCUGUACACUGAUAUGAAUUGUUAUAUUUCAGCUUUCAGGUUCAACUUAUCCAUUUCGUAAUUGUUUGAAAUUGUUGACGAGAAAAAAUGGAAAAUUACAAUAAAACAUACUAUUUUAAAAUUUUGUCGCAAACAACGUUUAGGUAAGGCUGAUAUUAGAGGUAAGCAUGAACAGAACAAUCGAAAAGACGACCGAAUGAGGAUAGCACAUCUUAAAUGGUGUAGAAGUUUGGCAUAGUAACGGGCGUUAAAUAAAAAAUGAAAAUUUUUUCAAUGCCUUUCAGUAACUCAAAUAAAGAUGGUAAAAUUUUCUUUCUCCAGGAAAAUUGCUCUUUGGGCUCCCUAGAAACAGUAGGCGUGUUUGGUUUUGCUAGUUUGAAUUUAGUCAAAGCAAAGAUGGCGUCGAAACAGCACGUGCUCCGCGAACGCAUUGUACGGUUCUACGAAACGCAUUUCCAGCAAGGAAAAAAGUUCACGGUGGCACAUUUUAAGGAAGAAAAUGUACCUGUCAGUACGGUAUAUCGUAUCCUGGAUUCCCUGAACGUAGAGCGGACAGUCGGAAGUGGUCGUCCGGUGACGAUAAUGACGAAGCAGAGAAAGACAUCGUUAAAGAAGCUGUUUGACAACAAGGACGCAACCAGCCUGCGUGACGCCGGUCGGAAAUAUGGCUGCUCCCACGUAUUGAUCCAUCGGACCCUCAAGAUGGAAGAAAUCGUCUGCAGGAAGAAGACGAGGUCGCCGGAGUACACGGAGGAGCCGAUUGAGACGGUUAAAUCACAGUGUCGGUGGACGACCAAAAAAUACCGCGGGACGUCUUUCGUUCUGGACGACGAAAGCUAUUUUCCGUUGUCCAAAACGCAUAUUCCAGGAAAUGAUAAUUACUACUCCAGCGACAAGUCAUCCACACCGCCUGAAGUGAAAUACAAGUUCAAGCACAAGUUUGUAAAAAAGGUUAUGUUGUACAUCGCCAUUUCCGACCGGGGCAUUUCAAAGCCUUGGUUUAAGCCGAGCGGUCUGGCAAUCAACCAACAAAUCUAUCGAGAAGAGUGCCUCGAUAAAAUCCUGCUGCCGUUCCUGAACGAGCAUCACGCGGAUGGGAAGUACGUCUUCUGGCCGGACAAGGCAUCUUCCCACUACGCCAAGAAGACGCUGGCGUAUCUUGAGGAGAAAAAGAUACCGUUCGUGCCGAAAGAUCGUAAUCCAACAAACUUGCCACAGUGCCGCCCAAUAGAGGAUUUCUUUGGCUCACUCAGUGCCCUAGUGUAUAAAAACAAUUGGAGGGCCAAGGACACGAAGCAACUGACUACAAGAAUCCGGAAUUGUAUCCGGAAAAUGGACGUAAGUGCCGUACAACGUUCUUGUGAGAGCAUCGCGACAAAGUUGCGUCGAACAGCAGGCCACGGCCCUUACUCAAACAUUCACUGACAUUUUUUUGAAGAGAAUACAUUAUAUUAUUAAUAAAAAAUACUGAAAUCGAUGAAAAACAAAAAUUUUUUUUUAUAUGUGAUUAAAAAAAUUCUCAUUUUUUA